AUGGGCACCUUCAUAGAUACUAGAGACAUAGACAUGGGUUUUUACCCUGUUGUCUACAAUUCUGCUGGGAAGCUUGUUGAACUUAUGGUGCUCUUGAGUGUGAAGACCUCGAGUGAUGAUAAAUGGGACGAUGACGAAGGCCUCAAGUGCCAUGAGGGCCAUGAAUCCGGGGAAAAUAGUGUAGGGGGUGCCGUCGAUGGUAACAGGUCGGCUGGUACAGAUGACGUGGCAGAGGGUGGUCUCAGUCGUCCAGUCGGUGCGCAAGACUUCUUGGGAAAAGAGUUUGCAACGAAGGAGGAUGCUUAUGUUGCCUACAAGGAGUUCGCUAAAUUAAGGGGUUUUGGAGUUCGAAAAGGAGAUGUAGCUCGUGUGAAUGGGGUGUUGAUUAGGAGAGACUUUUUCUGCCAUCGACAAGGUACAAGACAUCCUAAGCACUAUGACCGUCCUGAGCGAGUAAGGGAGGAGAGGUUGGAGAGUCGCACGAACUGUAAGGCAAAGUUGAAGAUUUACUAUGAUAUGUAA